GCGUGCGCGGGGCGGAGGCGUCCCGUGGCAGCGCCGGCACUUCCGGCCGCCGUGUUCCACUUCCGGGUCGCGCCCAUCGCCAGCCGCCAGCGCCGCGUCGGCAGCCGCCGCCAUGAGGCUCUACAGCCUCAGCGUGCUGUACAGGGGCGAGCCCCGAGCGCGCCUGCUCAAGGCUGCCUACGACGUGUCCUCCUUCAGCUUCUUCCAGAGGUCCAGCGUGCAGGAGUUCAUGACCUUCACGAGCCAGCUGAUCGCGGAGCGCUCGGCGCUGGGCAGCAGGGCCUCGGUCAAGGAGCAAGAGUACCUGUGCCACGUGUACGUGCGCAGCGACGGGCUGGCUGCCGUGGUGAUUGCAGACACCGAGUAUCCCCAGCGGGUUUGUUUCAGCUUGCUGGACAAGGUGCUGGAUGAGUUCUCCAGGCAGGUCAGCAGGAUGGACUGGCCCUCGGGGUCACCUGCCACCAUCAGCUACUCUGCCUUGGACGAAUACCUGAGCAAAUACCAGAACCCCCGUGAUGCUGACCCCAUGACCCGAGUGCAGGCGGAGCUGGACGAGACCAAAAUCAUCCUGCACAACACCAUGGAGUCGCUGCUGGAGCGUGGGGAGAAGCUGGACGACCUGGUCUCCAAGUCGGAGGUGCUGGGGGCACAGUCCAAAGCCUUCUACAAAACGGCCCGAAAGCAGAAUUCCUGCUGUGCAAUCAUGUGACGGGGAGCCCGGGGUCUCCGCCUCCGGAGCACCAGCCCUGCACCCCCCUCCACAGCCCCCCCAGGGCUGCUCCUGGGGCUGGGCCGGGGGUCCUCAACCCCCCGCGCUGAUGUGACUGUUGUCCACCUUGAGGGGACACCGAGGCUGGCACCGGGCCGGCACCGGGGGGUGGUCCACGGCGAAGACCCCCCAGCCUCGCUGUCCUGGGACAGCUGGGACCAGGGGCAGCUGGCCACGCACCGCCCUGCCUUCACAGCCCGGGGAGCCUGGAGGAGCCCCCCACUCUGGCCGGGGGGCUGAGGGGGCAGGCACAGCCCCUGCCGCCAUCCCGGGCAGCUUUUAUGUACUGGUGUCCUUGGGGGGAGCUGGGGGGGGAUGGGGGGAAGGGAGAAGGGUCCCUGGCUGGGGGUGCUCUGCCUGCCUGGGCAGCUGCUCCCCACGCCCGUGGGGCGUCCUGGUGCCGGGGCAGCGGGGAGACCCUACCCUGCACCCCAGAGCCCUCCCCUGCUGCCACCAGCCAGGGUGGGGGGCUCAUGCCCUGCCAGGGCCCGGCAGCCCUCGCUGCCUCCUCUUCCUCCUGGUCGGGAAGGGAAAGGCCGGGCUUGGGCUGUGCCUCGGGUUCUUUCUGUGCCUGCAGGGCCAGGGGAUAAAGUGGUCUUUGGCA